AUGGCUACAGUCGACGUUAUUAGGGAGUUUGCCGAAGAUGGUGUAGUAUAUCUGGAGCUAAGGUCCACUCCUAAGAACACUGCAGAAAUGCCGAGAAAAGAGUACGUAGAAGCAAUUGUUGAGGAUAUCAUAUACUAUUUUUUCUGCUUGCACUCAGAUCUUUCAAUCAUCGCUUCUAUAGGAAUUCUCGAAGGCUCUCGUAUCCACAACUUAGUCGCUAAGCUACUUCUAAGCAUCGACAGACGACAAUCAGUUGAAGAAGCGGAGCAUACCGUUGCUAUGGCCAUAGCUAACAGUUCACAGGACGCCAUGGAUUUUGGACCAAAAGGACACGUCAACGAUCGCCGUGGAGAUUUCUCAUGCUCUGCACCUACAACGCCAGGACAGUCUCCACCAACGCCGACCUUCAUGCAUCUCAAAAAAGCAGGGCGCGUCAACUACUACGUAAUCACCUUGCAGGAAACAAAGUUCAGGAAGACGGACGCGAGGCAGCUGAAUCCCAUCACCUCGCCUGGCUAUCCUUCGAAUCCGUCUCUGCAUCAGAAAAACAUACCUAUCAUCAACUGCUAUUCUCCAACAUCAGCAAUUGAUGACUCAGAACUUGAUGUCUUUCAUAAGGAUUUGGAGGAAGUUAUCCGCAAAGAGAAGUUCUACCAAUUUGUCGUGGGUGACUUAAUGAAAAUCGGGAGUCAGAAGAAGGGGAGCAUAGGAUCGGGAAAUUUGGAUCAGGACUCCGGAACGAAAAUGGUAACCGUAAAAAACACAGGCGGUGGACAUUGGAUUCACCCAACGGUACGACUCAUGCGGAGAUCGACCAAAUCCUCACCAACCGAAGGUGGUGCUGAUGACGUAGUGGUAUCAUCCUUCAUAGUGGCUCAAAUCACUGCCUCCUUCGAGCAAAAGUGUGAUUCAGUUGAAAGCUGGAAGAGGAGAUUUGCCACGAUGUCGAAGAAAAGAGAAGUCGUAUAUGACGGCAUCAAAUUGGAGAAGCUCCUGACCACUUGA